CCUUAAAAUAAAGUGAUUUGUUCGGUCAGACACAAUAUAUCCCUGAAACGGAGGUCUACCAGAUUUUUUUUCGUUCAAUAAGAUCAAAAGUGAAAAUUCAAGAUGGCGUCGCGUCCGUUUCCUAUAAUGAAGCGUAGAAACUCAACGCCCUUCAAAUAAGUUAUUUUAAGCCACGCUGAAAUUACCAAGGACUUAAAUGCCUUGAAGAAGAGCGCAGAUCCUCAAAGCCAGGAAAAAUGAGAGAGGACAUCAUGGAAGAAACCACGGUAACUUCUGCAAGCGAGUUCGACCUAGCGAACAUCCGCGAGGAAGAAUUCGAACUGCACACCACCUACAUCGUUCCAGACCUUCCCGUUGAGCCUGGAACGCCAAACAGAGCAGAAGCUACCUUGCCCAGGAACUUGGUGUUGAAGUCUUCCCAAGCUCUCUCAGACGCUCAAGGUGUUUGGAGUACAGGAUAUAUCCCACGAGGGACUAGAUUUGGGCCUCUCGUGGGGGAAAUAUAUGCCAAAGAUGCUGUACCAAGUUCUGCGAACAGGAAAUAUUUUUGGAGGGUACAACUUAGGGAAGGAUUUUAUAGAAAUAGCUGCCUGGAUAAUAAGAUAUAUAAGGAUAAUGAACUCUACUACUACAUUGACGGAUUUGAUACUUCCAAAGCUAACUGGAUGAGAUACGUCAAUCCGGCAUACUCCAGCGAGUCGCAGAAUCUAAUAGCCUGUCAGUAUAAAAUGAAUAUUUAUUUUUACACUAUCAAGCCCAUUCUUCCGAAUCAAGAACUACUCGUUUGGUACUGCAGGGAAUUUGCGGAAAGGCUCAACUAUCCCUUAACUGGAGAGCAAAUGCUUCAAAGGAUAAGACAGCAAGUGCAGCAGACUUCAGAAGUAAUUACUGUGAGCACGACUGAACCUCAAUCGAAAGAAGCUCCCUAUGAACACCAGAUGACUCCCACAGAGGGAAGUGUAAGAUCAGACGAAGGAUACCACAGCAAUGGCUAUCAUGACGACGUUUUUACUCCUCCUGAAGACUCGAGCGAUUCAGACAGCGAAAACAAUUACGUGUUGGACUUUAGUAAGAAGCCAAAUUCGAAAGAAACCGCUGUAAUAAAACCAGUGUCACCUGAAACCCAGAAAAAUGAGUACAGAAAAGUUAAAAUUAAGAUAUCAAAGGCGUAUCAUUACAAAACAAUGAAAAGUGACAGCGAUCACGAGGCUGAAAAGGAAGUUGCUCUUAUAGAAACUGCAGUACCUGAAGUAACCACACUAACCCCUAGAAUUAUCACUCCUCCUGCGACGGUGAUUGUGAUGGAUUCCCCACCUCAUGAAGUUCCUAAUAACAAACCUUUCUACGAACCUGAAGUUAAGGCUACAAAUGUGAUUUCCCGAUACACUCCUCCUUCCUCAAGUAUACUAGAAAAUAUUUUAUUACGGAAUAGAAUUGACACAAACAAUAACGACAACAACCAAAGGCAGCCAAAUGCCACUCCCCCUCCUAGCUCGCCUACAGAGAUGGCGUACUCGUACAAAAAGAGUCACAGGUAUGGAACGGUUCCAUGUAGUCCUGAUUCCAGCUCUAACGUUCAAGCGCAAAACAUGUUGCCCCCUAGCCCGGUUACCUUGAAGAAUCAUCCUUCAAGUCCAGUACAUUCUGCUAAUCUCUACGUACCUCAUACAACGGAGAACUAUCAGGGUAAUAUUCAAACAACAAACUACUACAAUAUUUAUCCGUCUCCAAAUGGUAUAGUACAUAGUACUAUAUCAUCCUCUCCAACGCAUACAUAUUCUCCCCCAAUAAACACAAAUUUCACUAACAACCAUCACAGCAAUGGUACAAAUUUGAUCGUGCCAACCAGUCACAUAAUCAACUCAAACCUUACACAUCAUCUUUUGACGCCAUUGCCACCUUUACAAGUGUCAAACGGCAGGGCUUCUCCUAACUGCAAAAGCCCUGACAUGAAAUACGAUAUGAAUAUUGGUUCAAGUAAUCCAACGAGCCCUAAUGGUGGUCCAUCUAGGGGUUAUCGAAGCUUGCCGUAUCCAUUGAAGAAGAAGGAUGGCAAGAUGCACUACGAAUGCAAUGUUUGUUGCAAAACGUUUGGACAACUAUCUAAUUUGAAGGUACAUCUUAGAACACAUAGUGGCGAACGUCCAUUCAAGUGCAAUGUUUGUACCAAAUCCUUUACCCAAUUGGCCCACUUACAAAAACAUCAUUUGGUGCACACUGGAGAGAGACCGCACGAAUGUGGUAUUUGCAAGAAAAGAUUUUCUUCGACCUCCAAUCUCAAGACGCAUCUACGACUACACAGCGGACAAAAGCCUUAUGCCUGCGACUUUUGUCCCGCUAAAUUUACUCAAUUUGUUCAUCUCAAACUUCACAAGAGACUGCAUACUAACGAGAGACCGUACAUUUGCCAGGAAUGUGGAAAGAAUUACAUCAGCGCUUCUGGAUUGAGGACUCACUGGAAGACAACAAGUUGUCGACCCAAUAACAUCGAUGAGGAUCUUAAUGGCGAAGGUUCUCCCAACUGCUACUAUGAGUACGCAGGUUCAGAUGGAAGUCUAGGGUCAGUGGAAAUGAAAGAUAAUCAUGAAGAUCCAAAGGACACUUUCGACGUUCAUAGUCAGCCGCCACAGAUCAGUCACCCCGUGUUACACCCAGGUUUGUCGAGGCCGCUUCCGUCUUUGAUUCAAAAUGGUACCCAUCAAAGGUCCCAGAAUUCUCUCCAUCCUGGGAAGGAAACAAGGCCGAGCGUGAUUGAGUCCUCUCAGCCCCACAUAAUUGAAUGUACCUAAAUGUAUUCCUGCUCAGUAGUAGUGUUAGCUUUGUUAAGUUUUUAAUAUUUAUUUAUUAUUAGGAUACUUGUAUGCUGUGUUCCAAAAAAAGUGAGAAGUAUUGAUUUAUGUUUGCUGCAGACUCAAACAUUGAAGAAACGAGGAUUGUCUUAGAGAACGUGGAGGUUUUGCGUCAAGAUGAUUUUUGUUUCUUAACUUUCGAUUUUGUGGAAACAUUAAACUUUUGCAUUUUGGAGCGUAGUAUAGUACUGACAAAUUGUUUGACUAAAUAUUUUUUCUAAAGAUACUCAUUACUAUUGUUGAGAUAAUUUAUUUAGUAUUUAUUGUUAGUUGUUUAAUUAAAGUAUAUUAUGGAAUUACCCGAAUUUUGAAUUUAGACUGAUUAUGAAAAAGCAAUACUAUAAUCAUGACUUGCACUAAAAUUACGUAACCAAAUAGUUGUUUAUGUUCGUAUUUGAAUGUUUUAGGGAUAGAUCCAUUUGAUGUUUAGAGGUCUUUGGAAGUUGUUUCGAUGUCUCAUUGUGUAUGUUAGUACGUAAUUCUUUACUGGCACUCUCAAACAAAUGUCAACACUAAAAAAUCAUUGCCAUAUGAGUGUUAAUUCAUUUCUGAUUACUUUGAAUAAUUGUAAUCACUACAUCAUUUGUUAAAAUAACAACAAUUAUAUUGAUUCUGACGAUGUUUUUGAAAAUAGGUUUCCAGACCCAAAUUUUAAUGAAAUUUAUUUUCAUUUUCCUGUUUCUCUUUUAUAAAUUGUCCCUGCUUUCUUAAAGUAUCCAAUUGUAGGUUAUUUCAUAUUUUCAUAGGAAUAUUACUAUUAUAGUUGCGAAGUAAAAACACCUACAAAUGAACCGGUAUUAUGUAAUUACAAAUUUAUCAAAAUAUUCAUAAAUGAAUGUUGAGAAACCGGAAAAAUAAUGUUUUCAAUAAACAACUACCAACGACUACGUCAUUAACAAAGAGACUUUUUAUUAAAUGUGUUCUAAAGUUACAAAAUCACUGUGUGUGUAUUGGUUCAUCAAAUUUUCAUUACGUCUUAAAAUAUAAACUGGUUGUUUGUUUUAAUGCGUAGACGACAUCCAUAAUUUACUUACAUUAGAAUGUACCCAAAUAAAUAUAAACCAAAUAAGAUCAUCAUCCACUUCGCAUAUUGCUACUAUUUAUACAUGUAAAUCAGUGUAUGUAAUUAUAAAAACUAAAUGGUGCUUGUGACAAUUAUUUAAGUGUGUGAAAUUCUGAAGCUUAAAGCAGUGGAAAUUUGUUUUUUCUGCUUGCACUAAAGAAAAUCAGUAUUAAUAAGUUGGUUCAAAUCAUAAAUAUUGUAUAUCAUUGAUCAUAUUUUUUGUAAAAACAUAUUUUUGUAUAUUUAGUGAUUGUAAAUAAUUAUUUUCUUUUAGGUACCUACUCGAAAAUCAUGUAAAUUUGUAUAAAUUGUGUAAAUUCGUUAAUUUAUAGCGAAAACUUGCCCUUUGUAUAUAAGAAAUUAUUUAUUCAGAGUAUAUUUUUUCCCAGUCAUAAUAGCAAUGAUUCAUUUUUACACCGAACCAGGUAUCUAUGAAAUAUUUUGUUACACUAUGUUAUUCACAAUGACACACAAUAGUAUAAUACAGUUAUUAUUAAAUGUAGUAUGUACUGUGUACAAUAAUUUUGUUUCCUUCUGUUAAUUAAUCUUACUUUGUAAGUUAUCUACUUUCUCCAAAAAUCUACCUUUGUCUUUUUCAAAAUUUACGAAAAUAUCAAUGAACGUUAGUUUAUCUCGAGCAGUUUUGCAUUUUUUGUUUACGAAGUAAGGUGGGUACCUCAUUUUCCGUUACAAAGGUAUGGUUUUAUAAUAUUUGUUUCAUCCCAUAACUUAGGUCGUACAUAUUAGUGUUAGAAAUUUCUCUCUUAUUUUGUUUUCAGUAUUUUUUUUAUUGUUUCAUUUCAAAUUUACAGAUUUCAAAGUACAUAUUUUGGUAUAUCUCAUGCAUGUAAAAAUGUUCA